CGAAGCGGAGUGUGGAGUGGUGGAGUUGCCAGGAGGCGCAAACAAAGUCUCUACACGAACCCUUCGCGUCAUGGCUUUGGUAUGCACUGUGGCCGAAGACAUCUGGGGCGUACCGAGGGGUCGUUGUGGCGAGUGCGAGUGCGACGGGUUCCGGCGCACUGUGGAGCUUAUAAGCCACGAACGAGUGCCGCUUGGGUGGUGCAUAUUAUGCGGACAUUCACCAGUCGCGCAUGGAGCAUUGACAGUUGCUCCUCCCCUGGCAAGAGGAGAAAUGUUUGCUGCCGCAGCACAGCCGAUGGCGGCGGCCGAGCUUGAGCCCCACACUUCAGCUGAAGUCUCAGCCCCAACAACAUCCCCUUCAACGUCGUCCAAUCUGCAGCACACCACGGUGACAGGCUCAUAUUCAACUACACCCGAUGUGAUAAGUGACCUCUCGACUUCUGCUUUGGUGCCAGCACCAAGAAUGUCCCAGCCUCAACUUCAUGUGUCAGCUCCACUCCCUGCAAACCUGCCGGUAGAGUUUACUCAUAUGUGCCAGCACUGUACAUUUUCAACUAAGUACUUUAGCCGGUUUGCCAUCCAUAUGAGUGAAAAUCACCUUAGAAUGAAGCGGUACACCUGUUUCACCUGCACUGUAACAUUCGGUGCCCUUGCACGAUACAAGAAGCACUGGGAUGAGAACCAUGCAGUCUCUUUAACCACUGCUGGGAUACCCAUGGUGAGGGCCGGUUGUGCACCAUUAAGCCCAGAGCAUCCUAGUGCUGACCUUGAGUACGAGUGCCAGCCUCCUUCAUUAAGUGACGAAGCACGACUUUCAGACUUGUGCCGAAUGCUAGAAGGGAAGCACAGGUGUAGAAAAACUGCUGUUGACACUGUUGUUCAAGGUGUGUCAGAGAUGUUUCGCGCGAAAGAUUUUUAUCUAGAUAUUUCGCAGCUGAAAAAUGACAAGGGGAGAAAGCUUUUGUAUGAGCAUAACCACAUUUAUGUGAGGCCUUGUGAGAAAAUACUUCCCAAUGGCUCUAAAGCUUAUUACGUACCACUGAGGCAACUUUUGGCAAACCUCCUGAGACACCCAGAGGCAGCCCAGUACCUCUUACGUCCAAUCUCCUCAUCAGGUGAUGGCUACCUCAGAGAUUUUAAUGAUGGUAUGAGAUUUCGCAGUCAUGCACUGUUCAAAGAGAAAAGGAAUGCUCUCGGACUACUAGUGUACUGCGAUGAUGUGGAGAUGGCUAAUUCAUUGGGAAUGAAGCGAGGGGCCUGUGGAAAACUGACGAUCUUCUAUAUCAUGUUUGCAAAUUUCCCACCUUCGAAGCGUUCACAAACGAACUCAAUUUUCUUUCUUGCAGUAGGGCAGUCAAACGAUCUUAAAACUACCGAGUCUAAAGCAUAA